AUGUUUCCUACAAGAAUCUGGCUAUCAUUCAAAAGCAAGACCACCAGCGUUCGAACAAUAGGGCUCGAGCUUGUUGAUGAUCUUGCGGGGGCGGUAAAAAAUCAAUACCUGCAUUCUUUGCGUGACAUUGACAAAGCGGAUAUCACCCUUCAUACCACUGAACAGGCAGAGGCGCUGACUUUAGACUCACACCUUGAAGAAAUUGGUGCACAACUCUCCCCUUGCGGCUCCCGGGACACUCCUCUGAUAGUGAAAGUCAUAUCAAAUGUUGCCCCAGAGACUCCUCUUACAAAGAAUGGUAUUCCUAAGAUAAUCUGGCUAUCAUUCAAGGGCAAGCUCACCAGCGUUCAAACAAAAGAGCUCGAGCUCAUUGAUCACCUUGCAAAGGUGGCAAGAAAUGAAUUCCCGGGUUCUUUGUGUGGCAUCUGCUCAUCAGAUAUCACCCUUCAUCUCACUGAACAAGCAGAGGCAAUGGCUUUAGACUUGCGCCUUGAAGAAAUCGCUGCACAACUCUCCCCUUGCGGCUCCAUGGAGACUCCUCUUAUAGUGAGAUGUGAGAUUCUGUCCUGA